AUGCAACCUAUGGUCAUGCAGGGAUGCCCUUAUACCCUCCCACGAUGUCAUGAAUGGCGGGCAGCUGACCAGUUCCAUCACAGCAGCAGCCUCCGAAGCACCUGCCCCCAGCCUCAGGUUAGAGCUGCUGCUACCGCCCCUGCGCCUCCUCAGGAUGGUGCUGGGGGUUCCUGCCUAAGCCCAAAGCUCUUCAACGGGUCUGUUGGUGCCGCUGGACCCUUAGAACCACCAGCCAUGAAUCUGUGUUGGAAUGAAAUCAAAAAGAAGUCUCACAACCUCCGCGCUCGCCUAGAGGCCUUCUCAGACCACAGUGGAAAGCUUCAGCUCCCUCUCCAAGAGAUUAUUGACUGGCUCAGCCAAAAAGAUGAAGAAUUGUCAGCUCAGCUGCCCUUGCAAGGGGACGUGGCCCUGGUGCAACAGGAGAAGGAGACACAUGCGGCCUUUAUGGAAGAUGUCAAGUCUCGGGGCCCCUAUAUCUACUCUGUGCUGGAGUCAGCUCAGGCCUUCCUGUCCCAGCACCCAUUUGAGGAAUUAGAGGAACCUCAUUCUGAGAGCAAAGAUACCUCUCCCAGACAGCGGAUCCAGAACCUUAGCCGCUUUGUGUGGAAGCAGGCAACAGUGGCCAGUGAACUAUGGGAGAAGCUGACAGCCCGCUGUGUGGACCAGCACCGCCAUAUUGAGCGCACUCUGGAGCAGCUGUUGGAGAUCCAAGGGGCAAUGGAGGAAUUAAGCAAUACUCUGACCCAGGCUGAGGGAGUCCGAGCCACAUGGGAGCCCAUUGGGGAUCUCUUCAUUGAUUCACUCCCUGAGCACAUCCAGGCUAUUAAGCUGUUCAAAGAAGAAUUCUCCCCCAUGAAAGAUGGAGUGAAAUUGGUGAAUGAUCUGGCCCACCAACUCGCCAUUUCUGAUGUACACUUGUCAAUGGAGAAUUCCCGAGCCCUGGAGCAGAUCAAUGUCCGGUGGAAACAGCUACAGGUGUCAGUUGGUGAGAGGCUUAAGCAGCUCCAGGAUGCCCACCGGGACUUCGGGCCUGGGUCACAGCACUUCCUGUCCUCCUCUGUGCAGGUUCCCUGGGAAAGAGCAAUUUCACCCAAUAAAGUUCCCUACUACAUCAACCACCAGGCUCAGACCACUUGCUGGGACCAUCCCAAGAUGACGGAAUUAUACCAAACCCUGGCUGAUCUGAACAACAUUAAGUUUUCAGCUUACCGCACUGCCAUGAAGCUACGCAGAGUCCAGAAGGCACUGCGUUUGGACCUGGUAACUUUAACCACAGCCCUGGAGAUCUUCAAUGAGCAUGAUCUGCAGGCCAGUGAGCAUGUGAUGGAUGUGGUAGAGGUCAUUCACUGCCUGACGGCCUUAUAUGAACGGCUGGAGGAAGAAAGAGGCAUCCUGGUCAACGUGCCACUCUGUGUGGACAUGAGCCUCAACUGGCUCCUCAAUGUUUUUGAUAGUGGUCGCAGUGGGAAGAUGCGGGCAUUGUCCUUUAAGACCGGCAUUGCAUGCCUGUGUGGCACGGAAGUGAAGGAAAAAUUGCAGUACCUCUUCAGCCAAGUAGCCAACUCAGGCAGCCAGUGUGACCAGCGCCACCUCGGCGUCCUGCUUCACGAGGCCAUUCAGGUGCCCCGUCAGCUGGGGGAAGUGGCAGCCUUUGGGGGCAGCAAUGUGGAGCCCAGUGUCCGUAGUUGCUUCCGUUUUAGCACUGGGAAGCCAGUCAUUGAAGCUUCACAGUUCCUAGAGUGGGUCAACUUGGAGCCCCAGUCCAUGGUGUGGCUAGCUGUUCUGCAUCGGGUCACCAUUGCUGAGCAAGUGAAGCAUCAGACCAAGUGCUCUAUCUGUAGGCAGUGCCCCAUCAAGGGCUUCAGGUACCGGAGUCUGAAACAAUUUAAUGUGGACAUCUGCCAGACCUGCUUCCUGACAGGCAGGGCCAGCAAAGGCAACAAGCUUCACUACCCCAUCAUGGAGUAUUACACACCGACCACAUCCAGUGAGAACAUGAGGGACUUUGCCACGACCUUAAAGAACAAAUUCCGCUCAAAGCAUUACUUCAGCAGACACCCUCAGCGAGGUUAUCUGCCUGUGCAGUCAGUGCUGGAGGCUGACUACAGUGAGACGCUGGCUUCUUCCCCGAUGUUGCCACACGCCGACACACACUCCCGCAUUGAGCAUUUUGCCAGCAGGCUUGCUGAGAUGGAAAGUCAGAAUUGUUCCUUCUUUAAUGACAGCCUGUCCCCAGAUGACAGCAUAGACGAGGACCAGUACCUGCUGCGGCACUCCAGCCCCAUCACGGACCGGGAGCCAGCCUUUGGACAGCAGGCUCCAUGCAGCAUGGCCACAGAAAGCAAGGGGGAGCUAGAGAAGAUCCUGGCCCACUUAGAGGAUGAGAACCGGAUUCUCCAGGGAGAGCUGAAGCGCUUGAAGUGGCAGCAUGAGGAGGCUGCCGAGACCCCCACCCUGGCUGAGGGCUCUGCCGAGGUAGCACAGGACCACCGCAAUGAGGAGCUCCUGGCCGAGGCCCGGAUCCUUCGGCAGCACAAGAGCCGCCUGGAGACACGCAUGCAGAUCCUCGAGGACCACAACAAGCAACUGGAGUCUCAGCUGCAGCGCUUAAGGGAGCUGCUCCUGCAGCCACCCACCGAAUCAAAUGGCAAUGGUUCUGCAGGCUCGUCCCUAGCUUCCUCUCCGCAGCAGUCAGAAGGCAGUCACCCCCAGGAGAAGGGACAGACCACUCCAGAUACUGAAGCUGCAGAUGAUGUGGGGUCCAAGAGCCACGAUGUCAGCCUGUGCUUGGAGGACAUUAUGGAGAAGCUCCGCCACGCCUUCCCUGGUGUGCAAAGCUCUGAUGGGACUGCCAACCCCCUGUUGGCCUCUUGA